UCAGAAAGUUGUGGUUGUGAAUUAUAAUUUCUGACUGUCGCAGAGUUUAUUUUUCUAUCUAAAAACAGACAGAUUUUCAUUAACGUGCUUAUGAAGCCCUGAAGAUGGAUAACACGUACAUUUUAAACAACUUGGGGAAGGGCAGCUUAAAGGUGACCAUAACUCCGGCGCAGCCUAAGACGUUGACGCACUUGCCCAAGCGCCCACCAGUGGACUUGGCUUUUGCUGACCUCACGUACAGGGUUCAGGAGGGCAGGAAGAGCAAUGUGAAAGUGAUUCUGAAAUCGGUGUCUGGGCGGCUGCGUUCCGGCGAACUGACGGCCAUAAUGGGCCCGUCCGGCGCCGGAAAAUCGACACUCCUCAACAUUCUCACCGGAUACAGGACCUCAGGAAUGGAAGGCAGCAUUACUGUGAACGGCAUGGAGCGCAAUCUGUCGAGUUUCCGCAAGCUCUCCUGCUACAUCAUGCAGGACAAUCAGCUUCAUGGAAAUCUGACUGUUGAAGAAGCUAUGGCUGUUGCUACUGCCUUGAAACUGCCUUCGGCCACUACAAGGGCUGAUAAGGAAGAAGUUAUCCAAGAAAUUCUCGAAACACUCGGUCUCUCUGAGCACCACAGGACAAUGACAUCCAACCUUUCUGGUGGUCAAAAGAAACGUCUCUCAAUCGCCUUGGAACUUGUCAACAACCCUCCAAUCAUGUUCUUCGAUGAACCCACUUCUGGUCUCGACAGUUCAUCCUGUUUCCAAUGUAUAUCUCUCCUUAAAAGACUGGCUAGAGGAGGACGAACGAUCAUCUGUACUAUUCACCAGCCAUCUGCGAGGCUGUUCGAGAUGUUCGAUCAUUUGUACACACUUGCUGAAGGACAGUGCGUUUACCAGGGCAGCACUGGACGUUUGGUGGAAUGGCUAAGCAGUCUGAAUCUACCGUGUCCCUCGUACCAUAACCCUGCUUCCUUCAUCAUUGAGGUCUCAUGCGGCGAGUACGGAGACAAUACCGGCAAGCUCAUUCGCGCCAUCGACAAUGGAAAACAUGAUAUCAGAAACGGCGUACCAUUCCCAGAAAGCAAACUCCCCGAUUUCAACAACAAGAAAGAUAUGGAGGUGUCCCUGAAUUCCAACAAAGAAUACAAUAAAAACGAUGUUGCCCAAGUUCCCGAGAAGUUCCGUCAAGACGCCGUGACCAACGGCAAUGGGGCCAGCAAUUUGCAGAAUGGACUCCUACAGUAUGCUGCCAACGAGAUCUCUAAAGGAAAAGGCGAGCCUCUAGUAGUCCAGAUGGAAACUAUGGAGAAGCAAGACAACGCGGAAGUAGCACUUUUGGGCGACAGCGGCUCCCCCCGCCGAUAUGCGACCUCCGAACUCACGCAGUUUUGGGUGGUUCUUAAGAGGACAUUGCUUUUCAGUCGACGAGACUGGACGCUCAUGUACCUGCGUUUGUUUGCCCACGUACUCGUCGGAUUCCUGAUCGGGGCUCUGUACUACGACAUCGGCGACGACGGAUCAAAAGUGCUCUCCAAUCUUGGAUUCCUCUUCUUCAACAUGCUUUUCCUCAUGUACACUUCGAUGACCAUCACUAUUCUCAGUUUUCCUCUCGAGAUGCCUGUGUUAGUUAAAGAGCAUUUUAAUAGAUGGUAUUCUCUGCGUUCUUACUACCUCGCUAUCACCGUGUCUGAUAUACCUUUCCAAGCGAUAUUCUGCAUAAUCUACGUGGUGAUAGUGUACCUGCUGACGUCACAACCCCUCGUGUGGUUCCGGUUCGCCAUGUUCCUGUCCUCGUGCCUUCUCAUUUCGUUCGUGGCGCAGAGCGUCGGGCUUGUUGUCGGCGCUGCCAUGAAUGUGCAGAACGGCGUGUUCCUAGCGCCAGUAAUGUCAGUGCCGUUUCUGCUGUUCAGUGGUUUCUUCGUUUCUUUCAACGCCAUACCUGUAUACCUGCGCUGGAUCACGUAUCUCUCUUACAUCAGAUACGGGUUUGAAGGCACUGCACUCGCUACUUACUCUUUCGAUAGACACAAGUUGCAGUGUCAUCAGACAUAUUGCCACUUCAAAAACCCUCAAACAACACUGGAAGAGCUGGACAUGCAGGACGCAGAUAUCACCCUGGACAUCGCAGCUUUAUGCCUCAUCUUCGUGGUCCUCAGAGUGGCCGCCUUCCUCUUCCUGCGCUGGAAACUCAAGUCCACUAGAUAAACUGGUCUUUAGCUUCUAUGAUGCUUUGGGCUUUGAUUCGACAACUAUAACAAACAUUAUAUGAAUUGAUGAAUGUAUUAGAAAAAACC